AUGGUGAUUGAUGAAAACUCAUCUCAGACCUAUUCAUCAGAUGAAAUGGAAACGUUCACACCUAAUGCUGAAGGGAUGAUCCGGCUUGAGGAAAUACCUGCAGAACCUCCAGGUGGAGCGAACCUGACAUUGACGAUAGCUACUAUGGACGACGUUGAUGGAGGCCGUGUGGGCUCAUAUGGGAAAGGCAAGGGGGUAAUGAUGGGUCCAGACAUUACAGGUGUUCAGCUCUUCGGGCUGCAGAUGGGUUCUGGUUCCGGUUAUGCAAACACAGAGGAGGCUAAUGUGGCAAUUGAGGAGGAUGUAGGUUAUGCUGGCGAAGAGGAAAUGGAGAGCAAUAACCAGCUCUAUGUGGGGCAAGUAUUUGUCGACCGAGAUGCUUUCAAGGUUCACAUGUCCCUACAUGCAUUGGCUAAAAGGUACAGAUACUUCGUGAGGAAGUCUGAGCCCGGAAAAGUGGUUCUGGAGUGCAGUGGAGUUAACUAUCAAUGGCGUGUGUACGCAACUAAAAUCAUGGGGUGCCCGCGGUUUGAAAUCAAGACAUUGGAUAGUAACCACCAUUGCACUGUUAGCGAGCGGGGGCAGUUUAGGAGACAUGCAACCUCAUCAAUUGUUGGGGGAAUGAUGAGGAGCAAGUAUGUUGGUACCGGGAGUGGCCCAAGGCCAGGAGCGUUGAGAGAGAUGAUGAGGACGGAUCACCGUGUACCGAUAUCCUACUUGACUGCUUGGAAGUCCCGGGAGAUUGCUAUAGAUAAUGGGCGUGGAAAUGUUGAGGCAGCAUAUAGUACUUUACCUUCCUACCUCCAGCAGUUUGCCGUUGUGUAUCCUGGAACUCUGGUCACAUUAGAGACAAGCAAGGGACCAGGCAGUGUCCAGCGUUUCAAGUACCUCUUCCUGUCGUUUGGAGCAAGCCAAAAAGGAUUUGAUUUCAUGAGAAAGGUAGUCAUCAUUGAUGGAACGCACUUGAAGGGAAAGUUUGCAGGGUGUUUGCUCACAGCUAGUGCACAAGAUGGGAACUAUCAGAUAUUCCCGAUUGCGUUUGGGAUAGUAGAUAGCGAGAAUGACCAAUCAUGGACAUGGUUCUUCAACAAGCUCCUUGCUGUCGUGCCUGAUUUUGCUGACUUAGUCUUUGUCUCUGACAGACACAUCGCAAUAUACUCUAAUACUUAA